AUGUCCUGGCCCUGGUGGCUGCAGUCGAUGGUGACGCCGUGCCUGACCUGCGAGCCUUGCCGUCCAGACCAGGACAGCUCCUUUGGUGACCGGCGGCGCAACUCCAGACAGCGAAGCAGGCGACCCGCGCUGCCGCGUCCACUGCAGCUCCACAGCGGAAGGCAUCGUGUGGAAGUGGUCUCCUCACCUUUGGCGGGGCUUCAAGGCCUCGUGGGCUAUCACUCCUCUGUGCUGGUGGAUGGGGAGGAAUACUAUUUCACACCAAGCGGGAUUCGUUGUUACCCAAGACUUACCAGCCACCGGAAGGCGCGAGGUGUCCAACGGAAGCAGGUGGGCGAGAGCCCAUUGGGUGGCACAGUUCUGCUCGACGUGCUGAGCAAAGACUUCCAGCCUCAAACUUAUGACCUGCUUCGCAAAAACUGCAACAACUUCACGGACUGUGGGCUCUUGCUGCUCACGGGCCACCGCCUAGACGCCCACCUCCGCUUGGUGGAGGGGCUGGGUGUCGCUGCCGAAACAUUGCAUCUGGUUCAAAUUUUAAGUGGUGGGCGAUACGAACCAAACGACAAGGCUGAGGAUUACGACCAUGAUGAAACCAUCGCCGCCUUGCACGACCACCGGAAGAGCUUGGGUUUGGUGGCAAGUGAGGUGCCGUAUGAGGAUUGUCGUGUUGACCAGGAGGAGCCAGACGAGGCACCCAAGAAGUGCAGGGUGAAGACACUGCUCUCCUUUUGA